GCCGGGUCUGCAGCGCCCCCUGGCGGAGCGGGAACAACGGGAUGCGCGGGGCUCUGCGGCUCGUGCGGUUCCGGGGGGCCGCGGGCGGGGGGCCCAGGCUCGGGCUGGAGGAGGCGCCCGGGGGGGACCUGGUGGAUCUGAGCGCGGCCGAGCCGGCGCUGCCCCUGUCCAUGCGGGAGUUCCUGGAGCUCGGCCCGCGCGGGCUGGAGCUCGCCCAGAGAGCCCUGGAGUCGGGGCAGCACCGGGUGGCUCGCGGGGCCACGCGGCUCCUGGCGCCCGUGGGAGACCCCGAGAAGCUGAUCUGUGUGGGGCUCAACUACCGCGACCACUGCGAGGAGCAGGGUGCCAGGGUGCCCAAGGAGCCCAUCAUCUUCAGCAAGUUCCCCAGCGCCAUCACCGGGCCCUUCGAUGACAUCGUGCUCCCCCAGGAUAGCACCGAGGUGGACUGGGAGGUGGAACUGGCCGCUGUCAUUGGGAAGAGGGGGCGGCACAUCGAGGAGUCGGCAGCCCUGGAGCACGUGGUGGGGUUCAUGGUGGCCAACGACGUGAGCGCCCGGGACUGGCAGCUGCGCAACGGGCGGCAGUGGCUGCUGGGGAAAACCUUUGACACCUUCUGUCCCCUGGGGCCUGCCCUUGUCACCAGGGAGGCGGUGAAAGGUGGGGCUCACGGUGGCACUGUCCCCGUGUCCCCCUGUGUCCCCUCCCACAGACCCCCACAACCUGUGGAUCCGCUGCAGCGUCAACGGGCGCCCGAUGCAGGACAGCAGCACCCACCACCUCAUCUUCGGGGUGCCCGCCCUCAUCGCCUGGGUGUCCCGGUUCGUGACACUGGUCCCUGGGGACAUCCUGCUGACGGGGACUCCUGCCGGAGUGGGGUUCUUUCGGAAACCCCCUGUCUUCCUUAAGCCCGGGGACGAGGUGCAGUGUGAGAUCGAGGAGCUGGGCACCAUCUGCAACCGCGUGGUCUGACGGUUGAGAGACCCCCCAGAUCCCACCCCUGUGGGAUCAAUAAAUCCACUAACAAAGAGAACUCAGAAUCAGUCUACUGAAACGCUCCUAUCUGAGAAAAAGAUAAUAAAAAGACUGAAAAUGUGGACUAA